UGGCCAAAAGAGUCCUGCCGAGACAAAGCCCUUCUUAUGGGCUCUGGCUCUGCCUCUUUCUCACACACACUAAACGUUCACACUGAGCUUUUGGGCUUUUCAUUCACUGUGUGAACUCUGAACACUUGAUUUCUCAAAUCUGACGUUUCCACUGCAGCUUUUUACAGCUCGACGGUUAACUUUUCUGAGCGGUGUAAAGCUCAGGCCUCAUCGUUUUUGUUUGAAGAACAUGGACACUGUUAUUUUCUCUGUUGUUUAUCAUGCUGUAAUGGUAAAGCACGGACACUCUGGAUGCUCAGAUCAAAACUCAACACACCUGAGUGAAUGAACGCCUCGUGACUUGUCUGCUGGCUCAAUGAUUUCUCCAAUGGACAUCAUUCUCAACCUGAUAACGCCAGAGUCCUCGCCAUCCACCUCACCCACCAACACCAUCGAGAGGCUGGAGGGCGAUCUGGCGGCGUCCUACGGGGCGGACGGUUCACUGCUGGGCUCGGAGGACGCCGGUCUGGACCCCCAACGCACACGGCAGGCCAUCGCACAGCUGCAGCAGAAGAUCCUGAAGCUCACAGAGCAGCUGCGCAUCGAGCAGGCGGCCCGCGACGAGAAUGUGGCCGAGUACCUCAAACUGGCCAGCAAUGCCAACGACAAACAGCAGAGCGCCCGCAUCAAACAGGUGUUUGAGAAGAAGAACCAGAAGGCGGCAGCGAGCAUCGCUCAGCUGCAGCGUAAGCUGGAGCAUUACCACCGGCGUCUGCGUGAGGUGGAGCACAGCGGCGUGCAGCGGCAGCCCAAAGACAUGCUGCGGGACAUGCAGCAGGGCCUGCGAGAUGUGGGCGCCAGGGUCAUCACGGGCCUCAGCGAGGGGGUGGUGGACAGCGUCAAGGGUGGACUGUCCAGUUUCUCCCAGGUCACACACUCAGCCGCUGGGGCUGUGGCCUCCAAACCUCGCGAGAUCGCCUCGCUGAUCCGCCACCGCUUUGGCAGUGCCGAUAACAUCAGUGUGCUGAAGGACGGCACGGAGGAUGCCGAGGAUGAUGUGGCCGCUGCUGGACGCUCUCUGGGAUCUGCCGGCGGACACCUGCAGUCCAGCCCGAAGUUCGGCAGCGAUGAGGACUGUUCGAGCACGACCUCAGAAUCGGUUGGAGCCAACAGCUUGACGGGGGCCCCCGGGGGCCCGCCCAGCUCCAGAGGAAACACACUAGAACGGAGCCACAGUGGCAGCCUGGACAUGUUGCUACAGGAGCUGCGAGAUGCUCAGACGCGACUGGAGGAGACGGUGGAGAGUCUGAAGAGCGGGUAUCUGAAGGAGUGCACACUACUGAUGCAGGCGCUGCAGGAGGAGCGGUUCAGGUGUGAGCGCUUAGAGGAACAAGUCAAUGAUCUGACGGAGCUCCACCAGAACGAGAUCCUGAACCUGAAACAAGAGCUGGCCAGCAUGGAGGAGAAGAUCGCGUACCAGUCCAACGAGAGGGCCCGAGACCUGCAGGAGGCUCUGGAGGCGUGUCAGACGCGUGUCUCUAAGAUGGAGCUGCAGCAGCAGCAGCAGCAGGUGGUUCAGCUGGAGGGUCUGGAGAACGCCACGGCUCGCACACUCAUGGGCAAACUCAUCACCGUGCUGCUGGCCCUCAUGGCUGUGCUGCUGGUCUUCGUCUCCACCGUCGCCAACUGUGUGGUCCCGUUGAUGAAGACACGCAGCCGCUCCGUCUCCUCGCUGCUGGUCUUCCUGCUGUUCGCUGUGCUCUGGAGGAACUGGGAGGCUUUCUCAGGACACACCUCCCGCCUCCUGCACGUGCCCUGAUCAGCGUACACAAGACUCGCUGCUUUCACAACAUUUUGCACAGUCUUUCCCCACUGAAUGCCUUUGGAGCAUCUCUCUGGAAUGAGAUUCAUAUUAAUAUUAUUCAUAUUUCUAAUAUAAUUUUAGUUGAAUGUAGCAUUACCUCACACAAAAAUGAAAUUCUGUCAUCAUUCCUCAGUGUUGUGAGUUAACGCCUGCAUGCUGCAAAGGAAGAAGUGUUGAGGUCCUAGUGACAUAAAAUGAUGAUGAAGGUGUGAACCGAGCUGCUCCUCCUUCUGUGUUCAGCGAAAGAAUAACAUCAUGCAUGUAUUAGAUAUGAGCGGGAGUGAGGUGGAUGUUUGGCUGAAGCGUUCGUUCAUCAGGUUAUCUGAGGUGAGGAUUUGAGCUGGAAGACAUCAUCCUCUGCUUUCAUUAUGCAUCAUUGUCAAAAGGUCAAAGGAUGUUGCCAUUUACUAGCAUUAUCUGAUGUAAAACAAAGUUUUAAAUGAAGUAUUAAUUUAUUGAAUAUCCCACUGCCUUACAGGACCAGUGACAACUCCAGUAGUGGCUGUGACUGUUUAUUUCUAAUGUCUAUAAUAUGAAAGUGCAGUGUUUGAGCAUUAUGAUGGAGAGGGGUCUUUUGAUGAUCUGUAGGUUAUUAUGUCUACUGUAGUGAAUGAUGGAUCAGAACUGUUCUUAUGAUUGGAGACGCUUGUGUGUUUGAUCAGAAGCUGGACUCAAGCUGACCGAAUCUACUCGCACUCGUGUGUCAUUCAGAUCUUAGGAGCUGUUAGCUCAGUCGUCUAACUGUACAGUAAUCGUGUUUAAUAGAUCUGUCAGUCAUCUAAUAAUCCUCAGGGGAUGUCCUCUGCUGAAGCUGUAGUGUGUGUGUGUGUGUGUGUGAGAGAGAGUGAAAGAGAAAUGUCUUAAACCACUGUAGUGCCUUCAAACACAUGAUCUUGAUAUCUUUUGUAAUAAAGUUCAUUUCUGACUAGA